AUGAAUGAUGAUAAUUCAGAUGGCAAGACAGAAAAGGAAUUACAGUCCUUAUUUAUUACGGAUAAAAAUGCAAACACAUAUCAGCACAGCCCCAAAUCACACCCUCCACAAAAUUCUUCAGCUAGUCAUAUGAAUUGGAAUUCUGACAACACCGAUGACAUGGUGGUUGAUUGUGAAACCAGCCCUACUAUGCACACUGGUGAAAAUAUUUCUCUAAAUCAGUGUGUCGAGGUACUUGAUCACCAACAGUCUGCGGAUGAUUUGGUUAGUACGAGGAUGUUAGAUCAGCACAAAGAUUUCAUGUGUCAGCCUUCCGCUUCUGCAUGUGUUUUAAAUACGGAGAACACUGAUUCCCUGCAUGAUAAUUGUCAUUCAAUGGUAGAAGCUCAGGACCAGAGUGUUGAGCCAUUGCUGCCUUUUGUGUGGAAGCCUAAUGAUCAUUUUAACUCUCCAGGCCAUCCUAAUGCCUUGGAACGAAACCAGACAUUUGACAUGAAUGAGGAUAAUAUUAAUUGCACCUUUGUAAUACAUCAUACGAUUGAUAAGAGUCUAUCUUUUCAUACCACUGAAAGUCUUCCACCAACUGACCAGAGAGGUGAAAGUGCAUCUGUAUCAUGCUCUGCUUUAUCGUCUUCUCAUUCUGAUACGACAAACGUGAGAGAAAAGAGUUAUGAUCAAGAAAGUUUUAAAAAUUCUCUAGCAACACCAUCUGAAGCCCCAAAUAAAAGUUUCGCAGUAUUUCCUGAUGUGGUGAUGCAAACUGAUGCUUUUGUUCCAGAUAUUAAAAAUCAGUGUCAGUAUUCUUCAGGAAAAGUCACCAGUGAGUACACACAUGGGUCCCAGCAAAGACUAGUUGGAGAACAAGAGAUACAAGCCCCAGCACCAGUUUCUGAUGGCAUGGAUGUUCCCAAUGGGUCUGUAUUACAAGAGUUCUUUUGUUUAUCAAAAGAUGAACCAAAUAGUGAGACACAUUCACAGAGCUCAUAUGGGCAAAGGGAAAUAGUCCAAAAUCUAAGAGAAACAGUGUCCAAUUGUCUUAUAGAUGAUGAAUGCCCUUUGCUAGUGCCAACAUUUGUUAACAGUGAAGUCCAAGUACUGACCCCAGAGCAUAAAGUCACAGUGACUGAAGACACACAAGUUGUUCCCAGUGAAAAGCAUUUGGGAACCCAAAAUGGCACCUUUGAAUUGAUACAAAAUAGCCCACCAGAACAAAAGGAAACUUCAACAUUUGAACUAUCUUGGAAUAAAAAUGAUAUAUCCAUUAGUGCAAACCACACCAUUUGCACGUCAACACCCAUCCUAGAAUCCACAAGUAAAACUUCUUCUAUUUCACCUGUUGGACCAACAGAGAAAUGUAUUAAAGUGGAGAAGAGUAAUCAAGAUCUUAGAAAUUUAUUAAAUGUGAAGGAAGCAUCUGUAAAUAUGUGUAAAACUAGUUUAGGAAAAUCAACAACCAAAACUAAUGCCUCUGUAGGCAGCAAAGUUAGAAAAACAGAAAUUAUAAGUUACCCAAGACCAAACUUCAAAAAUGUUAAAGCAAAAGUUAUGUCUAGACCAGUGCUACCGUCCAAAGACCCUGCUCUAUCGAAGAUCACAGUGCGAUCCCAGCUGUUAAGUGUCUCCUCACCCGCAUCAGUAUCUGCCUCAAGACAGUUGACUGCUUUGAGCAAAACACCAAGAUCCAGCUUGAAUGCAGACACAAAAGCAGAAAUCCUAAUUAACAAGACGCACAAGCAGCAACUUAAUAAACUCAUUACUAACCAGGCUAUGCAUGUUGCAACUCAUUCUAAAAAUGCUUCACACAGGAUUCCAAGAACAACAUCUCCCAUGAAAUCGAAUCAGGAAGAUGUUGACAAAGCAAGUUCUCCUAAUUUAGCAAGUGAGGCUUCGUCCAUUGCUACAUUUUUCCAGAAGAUCAAAGACAUGCUCCCAGUUGAAAUGGAAAGCACAGCUUGCUUGGGAAUGACAUAUGCCUGCAACAUCGAUCAGAUUAGCCCUGUAAAAAAUGAUGAAAAAGGAAAUGGAGCAGCUAUGGAAAAACAGAAGCUAAAAGGAGAACUUCAGAAUGACACCUUUGAAUAUAGUUCACUCUUUUUGGACUCGGCAUCAAAAACUGCAGCUACCUCGGGCAGGAACAUAUCCAAACCAGACUCCUCUAGCUUGAGGAAAACACCUUGUCCAAAACCUAAAGUAGGCCCUUCUGUUUCCUGUCUGAGGAGAAGCAACGACAGUCGAAAUCUCAGUUCCGAACGGGCUUUAUGUUCUCAGAGAAUCAGGCGUGUAUCUACUUCCGGAAAACCUUCAUCCUUGAAAACCUCACCACCUUCUUGGGUGAAUUUGCCUCGACCUCUUCCUCUUCCUAAAUCCAGAACAUCUCUGAAAAGCGCGAAGCUGCGGAGUGCAGGCAGCAGCUCCUCCAUUGGCAGCAGCCACAGUGAGCUGAACGCUCACAGCCAUAACUCUAAUAAUGGCGCUGUCAUCAAGUAUGAGGGGAAAAUUCCAAAACCAGCAUUUCAGAAUGGCUCCUCAGGAUCCUUAUAUUUGAAGCCGUUAGCACCCAGAGCUCAUGCUCACUUACUAAAAUCUCCUUCCAAAGGUCCAUCAAGAAAAAAUGUGCUUACAGCUUUUAAUACGAUCGAAAAGAGCAGACAAAAGAAUCCCAGAAGCCUCUGCACCCAGACACAGACUUCUCCAGAUGUGCUGUCCGCUGAAAAAACUCUUGAAUUGGCUCAAUAUAAAACAAAAUGUGAAAACCAAAAUGGGUUUAUCCUACAGCUCAAGCAACUUCUUUGCUGUGGCAAUAUCAAGUUUGAAGCAUUGACCAUUGUGAUUCAGCACCUUCUGUCUGAGCGGGAGGAAGCUCUGAAACAACACAAAGCCCUAUCUCAAGAACUCGCUAACCUCCGGGGAGAGCUAGUCACUGCUUCAAGCACCUGUGAGAAGUUAGAAAAAGCCAGGAAUGAGAUACAAACAGUUUAUGAAGGAUUUGUCCAGAAGUUAAACCAGCAGCAUCAGACCGAUCUAACAGAGCUAGAAAACCGACUUAAAGAAUUCUACACCGGGGAGUGUGAAAAACUUCAGAACAUUUAUAUUGAAGAAGCAGAGAAGUACAAAACUCAGUUGCAAGAGCAGUUUGACAACUUAAGUGCUGCCCAUGAAACCUCCAAGUUGGAGAUUGAAGCUAGCCAUUCGGAGAAAGUAGAAUUACUAAAGAAGGCUUAUGAAACCUCCCUUUCAGAAAUCAAGCAGAGCCAUGAAUUGGAAAAGAAAUCACUUGAAGAUUUGCAUUAUGAGAAACAAGAAUCAUUAGAGAAACAAAUCAACAAUCUGAAGAGUGAAAAUGAUACUUUAAAUGAAAAGCUGAAAUCAGAAGAAGAAAAAAGAAUAUCAAGAGAGAAAGCCAAUUUAAAAAAUCCUCAGAUCAUGUAUUUGGAGCAAGAAUUAGAAAGCCUGAAAGCUGUGUUAGAGAUCAAGAAUGAGAAACUGCACCAGCAGGACAUCAAGUUAAUGAAAAUGGAAAAAUUGGUGGACAACAACACGAUACUUGUCGACAAACUGAAGCGAUUCCAGCAGGAGAAUGAGGAAUUGAAAGCUCGGAUGGACAGACACGUGGCAAUUUCAAGACAACUUUCUACCGAGCAAGCUGUUCUGCAGGAGUCGUUAGAGAAGGAGUCGAAAGUCAACAAGCGACUGUCCAUGGAGAAUGAGGAGCUAACCACAAAAGCCAACCUGCUACCUCCUCCUUGCUUUUCUCUGGGACAAGGAUAA